ACCAUCAUCUCGAAUCCGGACAGCGCAGCAAUGCCUCCCGCGAAUCCCAAUAGCCAGCGAUUUUUGGCCCUGUUAAGCCAGCGAGUUUCAGCCAUUCAUCACGCCCGCAAUGCAUCUCUUACACGCUCACAGUCUCGAUACAUAUCGUCUGCUCCAAAGACGCCGGAAACACUGCCGCCACAUUCCAAGUUACCCCUGAAGAUUCUGUUACGGUCUCUGUUGGUGGCGACCAUUUCUUCCCAUCAGAUCUUGCUGGGCCCGUCUCUGGCCAUUUUGAAAUUCCUCAACGGCUCACACCGAAGCCGGAUCUUUGAUGUGCAGAGAAACCCUCUACUGCACACUAUACUAAAAAAGACCAUGUACAACCACUUCUGCGCCGGCGAGAACCGACAGGAGGUGACGUCGACGAUUGCGGAGAUCAAGCGGAUGGGUUUUCGGGGAGCCAUCCUUACUUAUGCUCGCGAGAUUGUGGUCGACAACACGACAGAGGAAGAGAGCGGCCGAGGAUUGAGGGAGAAAUAUUCCGUUUCAGAAAUCGGAUUCGAUGCUGGGAUCGACGCCUGGCGUGAGGGUGUCUUGGAAACGGCGGAUAUGCUCAGUGGAGGAGACAUCUUGGCCCUCAAGUUGGCGUCCCCGAUACAUCACCGUCGAAUUUCAUUAUUUGCUAACCUUUUCCUCCGACUGACUGGUGCCGGUGCCGCCGUUUCAGAGGCGCUCGCGUCGAGAAAGCCACUCCCGGCGCAGAUGGAGUCAGCCCUUUCAGAAGUGUGCUCUCGCGCAGUGGAGCGCGGAGCACGCAUAUUCAUGGACGCUGAGCAAAUAUCAGUACAGCCUGGAAUUGAUACAGUAGCAAUGGAACUCAUGCGCCGCUUUAACACAAAGAGAAGAGGGGCCGUCGUCUUCAACACCUACCAAGCCUAUUUGAAGAGCACGCCAGAUACCCUGGCCCAGCACAUGGCGUUAGCUCAAAAGGACGAUUUCGUCCUCGGCAUCAAACUGGUCCGCGGUGCCUAUAUAAGCUCGGAGCCGCGGCAUCUGAUCAACGAUACCAAGGAAGCUACAGAUGAUUCUUAUGACUCUAUUGCACGAGGGCUGUUGUCACAAGCGUACAAAGACUUUGGCAUGCCGGAUGGGAAGUCUUUCCCGAGCGUCGAGUUAUUCCUUGCAACGCACAACAAGAACAGUGUGUUGAAGGCCAACGAGCUGCAACAAACUCGCGCCAAGAAAGGGAGGCCCUUAAUCAAGAUUCAGUAUGGGCAGCUUCUGGGCAUGGCUGAUGAAGUCAGCUUCAGUUUGCUGCAACUCGCAGACCAGGGCACCAAGGCAAAGGGCUCAGGAGGUGAUGCCCCUAUAGAGGUCUACAAGUGCUUAAGCUAGGGCUCUCUUGGUGAUUGCACGUCGUAUCUCUUGCGGCGGGCGGUAGAGAACGGGGAUGCUGUGUCCCGUACAAAGUCGGAAUUUAUUGCGUUGAAGAGAGAAUUGUGGAGGAGGCUUACGAGUUCUAACUGAUCAUAAUAGAGAUGAUAGAAAUCAAAAUCGCUGUGCCACACUCCUGUUGUAAGGUAGACUGAGACGAAAAAAUUCCUUACUCUCUCCUAUCGUUUGUCUGUCUUGUGUUACAACUGACUACGAGGUUAAAUAAUGAUAAGGUCGUGCUGUAUGAUUUCUAAUCUACUAAUAAACACAAUGGCAUACCCGUGCACCACCGUCAUGAAGUCGGACUGGUUCUCGACCUGGAGUUUUCUCACUGGGCUGGCUUGGAAGAACGGGGAGGAUAUUCACGAA